AACGACUGGUUGAAAGUCAGGCCGGCGGGCAUCGGGUAUUCACAGCGGCCGAUGUCGUCCUUUGUGCGGCGUGAUACCAAGGCCAUCUCACACCACCUAGGCACGCUCAACUCCGGAUACAUCAUCAAUUCUAGCAGCCCCGCUCUCGCUAGCACUUGUACAAAUUUCUUCUCUUCCUUGUGAAUUCGUGCCUGCCCAUCUCUCUGCCACCACCUACCUUCCCUCGACGUUUCGACUCAAUUUCACCAAAUCCAACCACCACCACCAAAGUCCGACUCGUCAGUCUCGGCACGCCCAGCUCCACCCGCAGCUUCCAACUUCCGGCUUCACUCGACCACUUCCUUCCGCACCCGACGCGAAACUAUACACGAUCAACUUCAUACACUUUCAAACACCACAACCACCAAAAUGCAGGCUACCCGUAUCCUCUUUGGCCGUCAGCCCAUGAUCCGCUUCCUCGGCAAGAGAUCAAUCCCUUCCAAGAUUGACCACACUCCUCACGCUCACCCCGCCGCACCCACCUCUGAGCUCCCCGACUCUUUCGCCUCAUACAGACAGAAAGCCCAGCAGCACGGCCCUCUGGCCCGUCGCAACGCGGCUAGCCAAUACGGCGGCUUCGUUGGCGGCAAGCCUGGAAAGUCCCUUGGUCCCGUCGAGCCCGCGUCCGGCGAGUUCUUCGACCGUAGCGACCUGCCCUCCCGUUUCGCCAGAACCUCCUGGAGUGCAGCCGAGAUCGAGGCCAUCGAGUCAGGCGGCGCCAGCAUGUUCGCAUAAGCGAUCAAUCUUCUCCCUUCGAUGAUGAACAAAAAGUCUUUUUAGCGAUGUGCAAAUGGGAAAAGGCGAGCGUCUGCAGGCAAGCGCUGGAUAUUCCCCUGCCUACCCGAUCUAUACCACUUUAUCACGACUGAUUACCACGGAUGAGAUACGAUUUCGGCCAAACACCCAAGAGCUUGACAAAGCACAUGAGCAGAUACGCCACGGCGUGCUGGAUAUACCCGCGCCGAUUGCUUGCUGGCGUUUCGCUGGUGAAGACCAGCGCCACGAGAAGUCCAGGAGACCAUCAAGACAUGUCGAGUCUUUGUUGUGUCAGCUAUGUAGAUAACCUGCCUGCAUCUUGCAAGCUGCUUGGCCAUGUUGGCUUGACCGAUCGGAAUCAGAGUAGCAUCCGUUAUGCAAUCUUAAACCUGUCAAUGACC